ACUUUCCAACUGCCUCACCAGAGCUGAGUAGGAAGCUGAGCAGGGGCUCCGUCUGGUUGGCUGAAAUUACUUGGACAGCUAUUUGCCACUACUAAAGUCCAUCACCAAAUCAUGUGCUGCCCUCCGCUGCCUUUUCCACUGGAACAAACUCCUCCAUCAUAAUUCUCUCAAUGCUAUUUCAUUUUUGUGAAAAUAAAAAGGCUCAUGAGAUUAUUAAAGAGGCUGCCCUGGGUGUCUCAGCCCAUGGGACAGGGGACAAUUGCCAUACGCCUGUGGCUGAGGAGGAGGCAGGCAUCCCAAUACCAGCACCAGGGCUCCUGCAAGUCACAGAGAGGAGGCAGCCCCUGAGCAGUGUCUCCUCUCUGGAGGUUCACUUCGACCUCCUGGACCUCACUGAGCUGACUGAUAUGUCUGACCAGGAACUGGCUGAGGUCUUUGCAGAUUCUGAUGAUGAGAAUUUUACCAGUGAAUCCCCAGCAGGUCUGCACCCAUUGCCCCGGGCAGGCUGUCUGCGCUCCCCUUCCUGGACAAGAACAAGGGCUGAACAGAACCUUGAAAAGCAGUCCCUUGGAGACCUGGAACGGCAGACUGCAAUUGUAGACACUUUCCUCACUGUGGAGGGGCCCAAGGAGGACUAGGCUGUGUCAGCCUACCCUGGAACCAUAGGGCUGGGCCAGACUACCACUGCAAUGGCAACUCUGGACAGUCCUCACCCAGGGACAUACUCCUCUUACCCAAGACUCCAGUCAUUUACCUCCUGACGCCAGAUCAGGGUCAGGGUGCCAAGUGCAGGCCUCUGGGCACCCCAGCACAAAUAAAGCCCAGUGGCCUUACAUCCAGCUGGUUCCUGAGCCCUGGAUCAGGAACAACACAUAGAGUUACUGCUCUGGGAUAAAACCCAGAAUAGACAAUGGUGGGCCUUCUGGAAACUCAUCUGUAGGACCAGUGCUGUCUGCCACAGAUUCCCAAACUAGGCUCAGCACAAGAAAACCAAAGCCUGUGAGGGACACUUCAAGAACAAACCCCUUAGGAGUGUAACCAAUGUGUUUCCUCAGACCUAAGCUUGGAAAUGGGAGGUGGGUUUGGUGGUAGCUUAUGGCAUGCUCUGCUGUCCAGCCAAGUGUGUGUGAGGAUGGGUUCAGUUCAGAUUCAAUCUUGGCCUCCUCCUCUGCCACAGACAGGCACCACUGGUUCCAGGCCUGCGUCUCCUAUUAUUGUGUAUAACAACUGAGAGCUGAAGGCCUGGCCCACCUCCUCUCUAGCUCAGAACACCAAAUACCGCCAGACUGCCUCAGAACCUCAGUGACAGCUCCUAACCUACUGGGAGGGGAGUGAGGGGAGGCAGGGUCCACCUUCAUCCUUUUCUAUUGUCUGUAACAAGGCACAUACUCAUGCCUGUCCCCCACUGUCCAGUUGUAUGGCUCAGUCUGUCCAAAGUACUCAAUAGGAAGCUCUGAGACCCUGAGGGUCUAUGUCCUUGGAACCCAAGGAUGCACAGGGGAGGGAGGACCAACCAGCUGUUCAAUCUGUGGUGAGAUGUUAGAACACCCACCUAGGCCUUUUCCAAUACUGCUUUUUAUGUGCUAAAGGGCACUGCUGAUAUGACCAUGAAUCAGAAAGUGGUUUUGAAAUAAAAGUUUAAGCUUGCUCUUUGUUCCCAGCCAAUCUUCUCUACCCUUUUCUCCACUAAAGCCUUUCAGAAAAAGGAAGACAGGCUCUUGAUCUUCACUUUCACUGGACUCUCCUACAGAGAUGCCCCAGGCUUACAUUGGGCUUUUGCUGUGUGCAGUGGCCAGCCAGGAGGCUCUUUUCUGAAGAGAAGUCCAGUUCCUGCCUGACCAAGUCUCCUAAAACAAAACCCAUCUCAGUUUCCAAGAAAGAGCAGCUGUCUCCUUCAAUCUAAUCACAGCAGCUGUGAGCCCCAUGGCCAUACUCUUGCUAGCAAGGUUUCUCCCAUCCCCAAGACCCCAGUCCAGCCUCCUGCUAUAGCUACCAUAACAGCCAUUUAUAGAGCGGGAUUAAAGCUUCACCACCAACUGAAGGUCUGAGCAUGGUUCUUCUUUCCGACACCAGGGCGCCGUGAGAGCUCUGCUGUGCUGUGCUCUAGUCUGUCCUAUUCUGUGAUACAUUUCAAAGACGAGUACCCUAGAUUUCAAGUUGCUAAGGAAUCAAAUUCUUGCUCACACCAGUCCACAAAGGUGGUGCAACUUCAGGGAGCAAGUUCUUCCCAACAGAGCUCCACAGCUCAGAAGCCACAGGGAGGUCCAAAGCCUAUCUGCUUAAAUUAACCUGUGAAAUUAGGUAAAUGUAGAGCAGCCAAGUGUGACUUGCUUUCUGCCUGCCUGGGAGCCUGUAACAGCCCCUAUAGCAGGGGUAGCAGUCUCAGCAGUCUUGGCUUCUGAACACACCAUUCCUCCUUCCUUCCCCUCAGAGAAGGUAUGCAAGCAGGUUGACAAUACCAACCAGAUGAUUCUGGGCUGCCAGCAUUAGUUGUGAAGCAUGGCUAUUCCCACCUCCUGCAGGCUCCUUCACUAGCUGGUACAGCAAGAGAUUUCCAAGGUGAGUAGAAGAGCACCACAG